AUUAGUUUUUAAUAAGUUAUGUAUUAAAUAAACAAUAACAAAUUAAUUAUUACAAAAUGUGUGAAAAGACCACAACUUCCGCACAUAUGAAAUUGAAAAACAGUCCAGCAGUAAACAAACCAUUUCGUUCAUUAUUUAAUAACAAUCAUGAUGUUACUCCUAAACGUAAAUCUAAUAUUGAAAGCUCGGAAAAAGUAAAUAAAUCACAAGUGGAUACUACUAAGAGAAAAUUGUCACGAGAAUUGAUUUUUACUAAAAAAAUACGACUUGAUGUUGAAGAAGAAGAUGUGAAAAAUGUGAAAAUUGAUGAAAGCAUAAACGUAUUUCCAAAUGAUUUAGAAGAAUUAGAAAAGAGAAUAAUAAAAAAACAGAAAAAUAUAGAGAUCUUAAAAAACGAAAUUUCAUACUGUAAAAAGAACAAUUCCACUGAUUUGGAAGCGGAUAUUAAACAGUGGAGAUUUGCUUGUCAGGAUGCUCUGGAAAGAUUACAGAAAGAUUUAGAAAGUAAACGAGGACAGGUAAUGACUAUGGAAGAAAUAUUGUCAACGUUGGGUAUACCUAAGACUUUAGUAAAUUAUUCUACAGAGAAUGACAUGUUUAUUAAAUAAUGAAAUGUCAUAUAUUUUUUG